UAUUCAUCAUUCGUCUGGACAGUAAAACCUCCCAGAAACCUGCUCAAAAUGAGCCAUUAGAAGGUCACCCUUGACGGGACAAAAUUGUUAUUCCGCAACUGACCUACACUCGGGGUUCCGACUUGUCAUCAAGGGGACACACGGGAAAAACUGACCGUAUUUGACGUACCGUCACGAUGACAGUAUUCCCGAGUUCAUAUCAUGAUCAUGAUAAUUUCGGCAUGUAACGUUAACACGUCUGCAUAAUUUGUUACAGAGGAUCGCGCAACCAUAGACCGUCAACAUGGCUUUCGACUGCAUUGAUAAAAUCAUCAGCCGCUCGUUCCGACAGUACGGCAGAUUUCUGGCCCGGCACCCGCUGCCGUUCCUGCUCUUGUCCAUACUGGUGGCCGGUGGUCUGGGUUCUGGGCUGUAUUUCCUGGACACGGAGUCGAGCGUGGAAGACUUGUACACACCUGACGAUGGCCGGGGUAAGACAGAGCGUGCGUACGUGCAGCAGCACUUCCCGACUAACGACUCCACAAGCUUCCAGGCCACCCGUCUGAUCAAUCUGGGCAGAGCUGCAAACGUGAUCAUAACAAGCAAAGCGUCUGACGAUAAUGUACUUAGCUCGACGACCCUGGCGGCAAUCGACUCUCUCAACACAGCUAUCAAGGGGAUACAGGCUGAAGUGUCUGGGAAGAACUAUUCGCACGCAGAUCUGUGUUCCAAGUGGGGAACGCAGUGUCAGGUUGGCGGGGAAGAUUUCCUUGAUUUCGCCCUGCGAAAGAACGACAGCACGGCGAUCAGCUACCCGCGGACAGUCCUGCCGGGUGGCUCCGCUGUUUUCUCCGCAGGCACGCUGGGCAAACCUACCCUAAAAACAGGCACCGACGUCGUCGAAAAGGCCAAAUCUUUCCGGCUAGAUUACUACCUGCGCAUGGACUCGCCAUCAGACGACAAGCUGAGCGAAAAAUGGGAACUUGCGUUUCUGUCCUACAUGGCAGCAUUCAAAUCCAACUUUAUCACAGUGUGCUACGGAACGUUCGGGGCCCUCGAGUCGGAGCUCGCCGCGCUGACCACAAGCGUCAUCCCUCUGUUCUCCAUCACCUUCGCGGUCCUCAUCACCUUCUCCAUCCUCUCCUGCAUGAUGCUGGACAUGGUCCGCACCAAGCCGUGGCUGGGCAUGCUCGGCGUCCUGUCGUCCGGCAUGGCCAUCGUGGCGUCCAUAGGACUGUGCCUGUUCUGCGGAGUCAAGUUCAACAGUGUGGUGGCCUCCAUGCCGUUUCUAGCGCUGGGUAUCGGUGUUGACGACUUGUUCGUCAUGCUGGCGGCCUGGAGGAAGACCCAUCCUGGAGGCAGCGUGGAGGAGCGAAUGGGAGAGACGUACGCGGAGGCUGCGGUCUCCAUCACCAUAACAACCGUCACGGACGGACUGGCCUUCGGCAUCGGCGCCAUCACCCCCAUCCCGGCCGUCCGCAUUUUCUGCAUCUUCACGCUAACGGCCGUGAUUUUUGAUUAUCUCUUUCAGAUCACAUUUUUCGGCGCCUGCAUGGUAUAUAUAGGGCACCGCGAGAAGGGCAACCGCCACGCCACGACGUGCAUGCGGGUACCUACACCGGAAGAGGCAAAAGACAGGUCGGGCUGCUUCCGCGCCAUGUGCACAGGGAACGCGAUGGCGGGCGUCGACGGGAAUGGAGAGUAUCACGGCAGCGACCACGCUAUCAUGGUCUUCUUCAGGAAGUAUUUCGGACCCGUCAUCACCAAAUGGUGGGUCAAAGCAAUCGUUCUGCUUAUCUAUGGUGCGUACCUGGGCUGCGCUAUCUGGGGAUGCACGCAGGUGCGACAGGGGAUAAGGCUCAGCAGGCUCGCCCCUGACGACUCGUUCGUGGUCGAUUUUUUCGACAAACAAGAUCAGUAUUAUUUCGGGGAAUAUGGGCCGAGAGUGGCUGUCAUCAUCACAGAGCCACUUGCUUUUUGGGAGGAAAGUACAAGAGAUCAGGUCGAAAAGCUUCUCGCGAAGUUUGAAGACACCGACUUUACGUUUGGCAGAACUGAGUCGGAGUCGUGGCUACGUGAUUACCUCGCGUUCGUCAACCAAUACUCCGGCGUCAUACCCGGUCUGAGCGCUGCGACCAAAUCAUCCUUCCUAUCAAACCUAUCAGAUCCAUUUCUAAAAAAUGCUGCCUUUGAGAGGUACGCACUGGAUAUAGAAUUUAAUGGAGACAAAAGUGCUAUCUUGUCCACUCGCUUUUUUGUACAGACCAAAAACAUCAUUAAUUCAGACCGAGAGCAAGAUAUGAUGCUCAAGAUGCGAGAGAUAGCAGACUCUAUGUCUAUAAAGACAAUGGUGUACCAUCCCAAUUUUAUAUUCUAUGACCAAUAUAUAAUUAUCUUACCCAACACCCUGCAGAACUUGGGUAUCGCCACAGCCACCAUGUUCGUGGUGGCCCUUGUCCUCGUGCCCCACCCCGUCUGUUCCGUCUGGGUGACCCUGUCCAUCGCGUCCAUCUGUACCGGGGUGGUCGGGUACAUGACCUUCUGGGACGUCAAUCUAGACGCCAUUUCCAUGAUCAACAUCAUCAUGUGUAUCGGCUUUUCAGUCGACUUUUCGGCUCACAUCACUUACGCCUUCGUAUCCUGCACAGAAAAGAACCGCAACGCGCGAGCGGUGUUUGCCCUGUACAGCUUAGGCAUGCCCAUUCUCCAGGGCGCCCUCUCUACUAUACUUGGGGUGUCAGCUUUAUCCACCUCUGUGUCUUAUAUCUUCCGCACGUUUUUCAAAACAAUGUUCUUAGUUAUUCUGCUAGGGGCUUUGCACGGACUGGUUAUCCUUCCGGUGGUCCUGACACUACUCGGUCCGCCUUGCUGCCAGAAACGUGACAAGGGCAAGAAAUCGGACAGGGUCGGUCCCCAGGUCAACCCAGGUCAUCCGGUAGAUAUGCCCAGCCAUCCUUACAAUCCUAAACCUCCUCAAGAGCACAUCAAUCGGCAACCGCAAGGGUACGCCAUGCCGUCCCGGUAUACUCCCCAGUACAUGGAGGCGAACAACCCUCUCAACGACGCGAAGAUGACGACGUACCUCCAACAUCUGAACGGGAGGAACCACGCUCCGAGUCAUGGACCUUACAACGACUCUCCGAGUUACAAACCGUACAACGACUCUCCGAGUUACAGACCGUACAACAGAGACUCUUCUCCGGGGCAGAUCUCGAUGCCGAAGGCUUGUAAGGAAGUGUCGGUCAUUUUUCGAAAGUAAACAUGGCAUUGAUCAAGGCCUCAUCUGAAAGACGUAUGACCGCCAGGUACUUUCAAAACAAGAUGAGCCAUUUUGCCAUUCGGUAUUAAAUGCAGCAAGCAUGUACAGUGUACACUAUCAAAACGAUGUCUGUCAGGCGAUACAAUGCUGGUGGUUAGGCUGACAUGGAGGUUUUAGUACAUCACGGAGUCUCGUAAUAUGCUGAAUGUGUUAUAGUGUUGGAGGAGUAUCUUUUCUGGAUGUGUGGAUAGCAAAACAGUGGUUUGCCAUUUUUUAAAAGAAAAAUGUCUGCCCAGUAGAAAUUAGAAGUAGUUACACUUACAGUUGUAGAAGCUGUUACAGAACUACCUGGUCACUUUAAAAUGAAAACUUGUAAGUGACAAGGAUAUCAAAAACAUAACGUCUUAGUGUGACUGAAAUAAUAGCUGCUAAAAAAACAAAGACACCAAUUUGAUCAUCUGAUAUAAUGUUCACGUGAAUAGCACCCAGGACAUGACAUAUAUAUAUGUGUGUAUAGUAUUUGUACAAACUCUAUUCGCCUUAUCAAUUUUUGUGCUUGAUUGUAAUGGCCCAACAUUACAUAUAUCUGUCAUACUGAAAUUUCGCCGCUAAGCUCUACCACAGGUCAAACGACAGACGCCCUGUACCUAGCCCCGAGGCAUGGGUGUACCUAGUCUCCAUCAGAAACCUUCAGGGGCUAAAAAAUUAGCUGAAGCUAGCAAAAUAAUUUGCCAGAAGAGUUAGCUACUUCAUAGAUUUCCUCGCCCCGUCCAGAUUACUUUGACAAAUUCUUCCCCCUAUGUGGCUAAAUUCUGCAUAUUUUCUCAGCCCCCAAAGGAGUCCAGUGGAGUCUGUCCAUCUCAUUAACGCAUACUGGAAGGGCGUCUGCCUCAGGGCGUCGGCAAAUUAUCUGGCGAACAAUAACCUCUGAGUCAUCUAAAUGUCAGGUUACCUGGGAACAGCCUGUGGUACACCGACAGUUGCGUGACAAGGCCGGUCUGGGCGGUGUUAUUAUGUCAGCCCUGCGUAAUCCAUGCCUGAAGGGCUCCCUUUUGUUUGCUGGAAGUCGUCAUCUGAAAUUCGGCCGUGUCAAGUCUGAUUCUAAAUAUCAUCGACAAGUCAAAUUUUACAGAGAGAAAUAAUGUCACGGCCAAACAAAUGAUAAUCAUAACAGUGUUUGUGU